AUGGCAGAGGAACCAACUCCCCGCGGCUUUCUCUCCGCUGGACUUGACUACCUGGGCUCACGAUUUCUGAAUCUCCCUCCAGAGAAAUGCGGCUACACAACACAAGCCGUCCGGGUCCCCAUGAGAGAUGGAGUAGAGCUGGCCGCGGAUCUCUAUCUGCCCCAACUCCCCGAGGGCCAAGAUGCAGCCGGCCUUAUCAUGGUUCAGUGCUGCUAUGGCCGCGAUGCGGGGAUAGCUUUUGUUAAUGCUCGCGUCUUUGCCGCCCGAGGAUUCAAGGUCCUCUUUGUGAGUACCAGAGGUACCUAUGGAUCUGGGGGUGAAUUCUGGCCCGGUCGAGCGGAGCAGUCUGAUAGCCAAGAUAUCGUGGUCUGGAUGCGCCAACAGCCCUGGUACCCCGGAACGUUUGCUACAGCUGGUGCAUCCUAUCUUGGCUACAGCCAGUGGGCGUUUCUCCGCGACCCGCCGGAAGACUGUGUCGCGGCUGCUAUCAUGGUUGCGCCCCACGACCAGGCACGGGAUGAGAAGAAAAGCAUUCUCAGCAACGCUUCGCAUAUCCCUGGUCUCAGGUUUCUCGGGGGGCGCUCACCGCUGACUGAAACGAUUGCAAGCUUGCCGCUGUAUUCAAGCCUUGAAAAGUACUUCAGUGAAAGGAAAGCGCCCUGGCUGUUCGACUACCUCGAUCACCCCAACCUUGAUGACGAGUACUGGACUGCCGUUCGACAUCAUGACUCUCUUGAGCGGGUCAAUAUUCCCAUCUUGCUAAUCAGCGGAUGGUACGAUCCCUUCUUCACACAGUCGAUGGCGCAAUAUAAACGGCUCCACGAGCGCGGCGUCGACGUGAAGCUCAUCGUUGGUCCCUGGACGCACACCCAGGCAUCCGGCCUGUAUAGUAUGCGUGAACUCCUGGAGUUCUUCUCCGAGCACCUGGCCAAGUCAGGCAAAUACAGCACAGCUCCUGCCCACAUCUAUGUCACGGGCGCCGAAGAAUGGACACCGAUGCCAAGUUGGCCUCCCGCUACAACGCCACAGACCUUCUACUUACAGCCCAAUGGAACGCUUGGCCCAGACCAGCCGGCAGAGGAUGCUCGAUCUUUAUCAUUCGUCUUUGAUCCCUUGUCACCCACUCCUGCUUUAGGGGGGCCCAAUGAUGACUGGCGGGAAAGUGGAUGA